AUGGCGUUGACCAAAGUCCAAAAACCCAGGGUUAACUUAACAAUAUAUGGACCAAAGACAUUAUUCACUGAAUACGGUGACCUCGUGAUUAUCGUGGAUAAUCGCAACAUGGAACAAAUAGGAAUUUCUAUUUCAAGGAAAAGAUGCCAAGAAGAAAUGUCUUCUGAUGAAGAUGGAUUAAUAAAAACUUUAGUGGCAACGGAAUCAUCGCGUAAUCCAAAGUUGUAA